AUGAUCUUGCCGUUGGAACCGCAGCAACGGUUGGGUAGUCUAAAGACAUGGCUCGACAAACACCAGGAGCUGAUGAAACAGUCGGCCGAUCACCAGAAGGACAUCCGAGUGGUGUUUAUCGGCGAUUCGUUAACCAAAUACUUUUUAACCGCUGGUCAUCUCAUUUGGGAUAAGUAUUACGGACCGGACGGCGCCUAUAAUUAUGGCGUUUGCGGUGAUAAUACUUCAAAUAUCUUGUGGCGGAUCCAGAAUCACGAGUUGGUCGGACUUCAGCCCAAACUUAUUGUCUUUCAAUGUGGAUACAACAAUCUAUUUGCCGAUAAGUCCAAUACUGUGGCCGAAGACACAGCCAAAGGGAUUGAGACUAUACUACAGGAGUUGAUGGCCAGAUGUCCGGACAGUAAGAUUAUACACAUGGGUGUGAUUCCGAUUAGAGACCCCGGUUUGGACCACCAGUGCCUGCGAUUGGAUGCGAUGACCGAGAAGUUUGAUAACCAAAACAAUAUCUACUUUCUAAAAACACGCGCACAUUAUUUGGACACCUAUGGUAUGGUUGAUGGUUCGUUGCGUACCAGUGAUGGCGUGCACCUGACCCGUGCCGGGUAUCAGCCCUGGGAGGCGGAGGCGGGCAACUGGUGGCCCAAUUGGAUGCAAAUACAUAACCAGUUAACGGCCAACAGCCGAGACCAGGCUGACCACAUUAAGGCCCUAUUCUUGGGCGCCUCCCUCACCAACUUCUUGGGCGGUGACGGCCGACAACUGUGGGACUCGUAUUACGCGCCCAAA